GUCGAUCGAUACACAAUCCCUCAGAUCAGCGGUAUGCAUCGUGACAGCAUGUCGAUGUGCUGUCGCUCGCGGUUCUUUCUCGGCUUGGUUAAACUUGAGUUUUUCGGAUGCAAAAUUAUAAUUUAUCUCGGUUAUACUGGCAUGAUUUGAGCCGACCGACUACGCUUUUUUCAACGUCCGCGGUGUUGCGUCCAUGGUCUUUAAUUGAACGGAAAAAAUCAGCAACAGAGGCGCUUACGGACUGUAAAAGGCGGUAUUUGUUUAUUGUUCAAAUUUAAAUCAGUACAUCAGAGCACUAGACUUUAAUAGCUUUUCCAUACACUUCAUCUGAAUCGAAAAUUUAUAAGAAUAUUCAUAACCUCGCUACGCGAUCCUUGAAGUUCACUUUCAGGAACUCGAAACGAAGACCUCAAAAUUCAAAUGUUGCAUCCAUAAAUAUCGAACCUCGGACAAAAAAAAAACCUCCAGGCCAGAUAAAUCAGCAGUCAUGGACGCAAACAACAACAAUACCAGCAGCAGAAGCAACGACCAGACCAGUUUGAGCAACUCGAGUAGCAAUGUCGACAUGUCGGAAAACGUGGUCAAGUGCUGCGGCGCGAACUCGAAGCAUCUAAUGAUGAGUGACGGGCCGAGCACUUGUGCCAACAGUGACUAUCGCUGUGUCAGUACUCAGGGGCUGCAGUCGCUGAACGACCUGAGGCAAAACAAUUUGCUGUGCGAUGCGGUGCUUAAACUCGAGGAUGGCGGAGUGUUUCCAGUGCACCGGGCCAUUCUGUCGGCUUGCAGCACCUAUUUCAGAACCCUGUUCACGACGACCCUGAACCCGAAGAACAACACCGAAUUCCUGGUCUCGAACGUCAGCAGUAAAAUAAUGAACCUACUGCUAGAGUACGCGUACUUGCGCACCAUCGACAUCAAGCAGGAGGACGUCUGCGAGCUGCUCAUCACCGCAGACUAUCUUGUAAUCGACGGAGUCCUCGAGCUCUGCUGCGACUUUCUUCGACGCUCUCUCACUGUGAAGAACUGUAUCGGGAUCAUGAUUUUUGCGAGGGAGCAUUUCUGCAAGGAUCUCGAGAAGGAAGCGCGCCGAUAUCUGCUCCGGUACUUCGUGCAGGUGGCUGAGCAAAGCAGCGAGAUCCUGGAGCUUCCGAUCGACGAGCUGACGGCACUGAUCGCCGAGGACGAGCUGAACGUUACAAACGAGGAAACCGCCUGGGAGUUGGCCCUGCGCUGGAUCGGCCGCGAGCCGGAGACUCGCAAGGUUCACAUCGUCGAGCUGAUGCGCAACAUUCGCCUCGGCCUCAUGGACACGUACUACUUCCUGGAGAACGUCAAGAACCACCACUACGUCGCGGGCAACGAGGCCUGCCGGCCCAUCGUCAUCGAGACCCUCAAGUUCCUCUACGACCCGGAGAUGAUCAAGCAGAAGGACGGCGAGCUCGAGAUCGCGACACCCCGCGUCCCGCACGACAUCCUCUUCGCGAUCGGCGGCUGGCAGGGCGUAUCGGCCGUCGAUCUCAUAGAGACCUACGACACCAGGGCGGAUCGUUGGGUCAAGGUCGAGCAGAUCGAUCCGCUGGGACCACGGGGCUACCACGGGAUGGCGGUGAUCGGCUACAAGAUCUACGUGAUCGGCGGGCUGAACGGCGUCGAGUUCUUCAACAGCUGUCGCUGCUUCAACCCCGUGCGCAAGACCUGGCGCGAAGUCGCGCCCAUGAAUGCCAAAAGGGCGUACGUGAGCGUGGCGCUGCUGAACGACAUCAUAUACGCGAUGGGCGGCUACGACGGCUACUUUCGGCAGAACAGCGCCGAACGAUACGACUACCGGCGCAAUCAGUGGUCCCUCAUCGCGCCCAUGCACAUGCAACGAUCGGAUGCCUCGGCCACCGCUUUGAACGGUAAAAUCUACAUAACGGGAGGAUUCAACGGACGCGAGUGCAUGAGCUCCGCCGAGGUCUACGAUCCGGACACCAACCAGUGGACCAUGAUCGCGCACAUGCGACUGAGGAGGAGCGGCGUGUCUUGCAUCGCUUAUCACGGAUUAGUAUACGCCUUAGGCGGCUUCAACGGCGUGUCGAGAAUGUGCUGUGGCGAGAAGUACAACCCUGAGACCAACACCUGGACGGCCAUCCCCGACAUGUACAACUCGCGCAGCAACUUCGCGAUCGAGAUAAUCGACGACAUGAUCUUCGCGAUCGGCGGCUUCAACGGCUUCAGCACCACCUUCCACGUCGAGUGCUUCUCCGACAGCACCAACGAAUGGUACGAGGCGACGGACAUGAACACGUACCGCUCGGGUCUGGCCGCUUGCGUGGUCAAGGUGCUGCCCAACGUGCACGACUACACGCACAAGCAUCGCGAGCGUCUCAUGGAGGAGAAGCGGCAGAAGCUCCUGGACAUCGAAGCCCUCCAGAGAGCCGGCAGUGCACCGCAACAGCAGAAUCACGUCGCCACCAGCCGCAGCACCCACAACUCGCUCGGACAUCAUCGCCAGCAGCAGAGAUAGUGGAGGGAACUUUUUUUUCGAAAGAGAAAUUCGAAGUGGAUUGCGUUAAGCGCGAGCUUGCGAAACGCGGCUUUGGUCAGUUUUUUACGGGAUUCAAACGCCGCUUUCCAUAACACCGCGCGCGGGUUUGUAAAUUUCGACGAAUACACGUUUUUUAUUUAUACACCGCAUGCAUGUGCAUUUUUAUACGCGCUCGCAUUUUCCAGUCGGAGGACUGGCAAUAAAAACCGUAAAAGUCUAAGAA